ACACCCACGAAAUUACACACUCUUCCUCCUCACUUUCACUUCCAAAUCCAACUACAAGGCACCUUUUGCUAUGGCACCACGUGUAACAAAGGGCAAGGGAAAGGGGAAGGCCAGUACCUCCCGCGCCGAUGAGGUGACUAUCACUCGGCACAAUCCUCAAUUCUAUGGGAUUCAACUUCCUACUCCGGACUCCCGCGAACGUUGGGAGCAACUUUGUGCCAUUCCUCACCGGCAAUGCCGGUAUAUUUGCUCGGAGACUAUCGAGGCCAUGGGAAUAGCCGAAGACAUUUGGUCUUUGGCGGAUAGAGGCGGAUGGCGGCGAGUAAUCACCGGGGGAUGGUUAGCAUACCGAGGGCUCACUCUUGAGUUCCUCUCCACAUUCAAGCUCAUCAAGUCCAACGGAGCUCCAUCAAGAAUCUCUUUCCAACUCGGGAAUGAGCCCCGAGAGCUAACUAUUGAUGAGUUGGACGAGAUUUUGGGUUGCCCCCAAGGAGGAGCAUACGCCGGUGGGUUAGAGUUCAAUCCCACCCGUAUGUGGGAACGAUGUCACUUUCGAGGCGUGGAGGAGAUUGCAGGCUAUGACUCCCGGCGAUCAAAGGCGGCGUCAUUGCGCAACCCGGUUAUCCGCCUUACCCAACGGGCCUUCGGGUUCACUUUCCUAGGUCGGGAGAAUGUGGGCUUUUGUCGGUCGAAUGAGCUCUUACUCAUUCAAGGCGCCCUCACCAACAUCUCCUUAUCUCUUGGGUGUCUUUUGGCCGACUAA